AUGGAGGAGCGAACAGAGGAGUUGGUGCUCGUCGGAGGGGACUUCAAUAUGAAGACAGGUUGUAAAGGAGGUGGGGGAGAGGGGAUGGAAGGAGAGAGAAGUAGUAAAAGGAACUCGUUGGAUGGAAGUGAAGCAUGCAAAGGAGGAAAGGGUCUGUUAAGAAUAUUGGAUGAAAUGGGAUGGUCAAUUUUGAAUGGGAAUUUUGCUGGGGACGAGGAAGGAGAAUUCACGUUCGAGAGGGCAGGGAUGAGUUCAGUGAUAGACUAUGUAUUAGCAGAGGAAAAGGGAAGAGAAAGGAUAGAGAGGUUUGAAGUGGGAGUGAGGUGUGACUUUGACGACUAUCCAUUGGUAGUAACAGUGAAGGGUGAAGAGAUUGGAGAAAGGAAAAAGAAAAAAAGAAAAGCAGGUGUGAAAAAGAUAAAGGUCGCGAAUUGGGAAAGGGAGAAAAGAGGGGAGCUCAGAAAAAGGCUGGAAGGGGUGAAGUGGGGGGAAGAGGGAGCGGUUAAUGAAAUGCUGGAGGAGAUAAGGCAUAGAGUGAAGCAGUUUAAGGAAGAAAUAGAGGAAAAAAUAAAACGGAAGAGAAAAGGGUGGGGAGAUUGGUGGGACGAGGAGUGUAGAGAUAUGAAGAAGGAAGUGAGGAAGGCGUUGAGGAGAGCGAGGAAGGAAUUAGGGAGUAGAGAUGAAUACAGGGAAAAGAAACGGAGAUAUAGCAAGCUCUGCGAGGAGAAGAGAGCGGAGGAAAUAUAG